AUGAGAGCCUGCAAUGGCUGUCGCAAGCGCAAGAUCAAGUGCGACUCGGCCACUACCAACAUCUGGCCCUGCUCUGCCUGCACCAGACUCAAGCUCGUCUGCAUCCCGCCCUCCGUCGAGCAGGACGGCGAGCCCACCGGCCACGAGCAGAUUCUCAGCUUCUCCCAGCCUUCCACGACUGCGGCAGCCCCGAUACCUUCUUCGUCUGCUGCUGAUUCGUCUUCUGCUGCGGCUGCUACUGCUGCUACUACUGCGUCUACUCAGAUAGCGAGCACACAGGCUCCAUUCCACGCGCGAGAGUACUAUCCGGCCGAACCGUCGAGACGGACCGGAGACCUGCGAGGGUACGAGAGCGACUCCCAGCUCUAUCAGCCCCAGCAGCAGCAUCAACAGCAGCAGCAUCAACAGCAGCAGCAUCAACAGCAGCAGCAUCAACAGCAGCAGCAUCAACAGCAGCAGCAUCAACAGCAGCAUCAGGCCUAUCUCACUUCCCCUACAGAGGACAGUCGGUUCUACCACCACCCCAUCGACCCCUCGUCAGGAUCGCUCCAGCAUUCCUUCCACUAUGCCUCUACCCAACCCCCGAGAAACCAGCUUCCUCCCCCGCCACAGUUCCCCGUGUCGACCACGCCCCAGCAGCCCAUCAUACAGGUCGCUGAGCCGCCUCCCCGCACUCCCACGGCCCCCCAGGACCUCACCACCGCCUUCAACGAGCUCAAGAUUGACGAAACUGGCAUUGCCCCCUACAUCAACCAAGAGUCGAAAGAGCACUCGAAACCGCAGGCCGCCCUUGCAGAGUGUGAACGGUCUCUUCCGCCUCUGUUCAAUGGCGCCAACUCGUCAGUCCAGUUCCCCGCGGAGCUGAUGCCCUCCGACACCGAGGCCAUGGAGUAUCUCAGAGUCUAUUUUGAUGAUCUGCACCCUUACCUCCCCGUAAUACCCCGAAACUACUUCUACGAGCAGUGGAGGCGCGAGAAGUGGGAUAUCUCACCCUUGCUCCUCAGCGCACUCUUUGCCUGCUCCGCCAGGGCAUUGAACGAUUCCGCAAAGGCUACCAAGUGGCUUGCGCUCUCCAACAAAUUCGAGCCCGAGUUCAUGGAAGCGCCCCGUCUAAGCACCGUACAGGCUCUUCUGCUCCUCAUGAAGGCGCGAGAAGCGAUGCCUCGUCCGGGAUACUACUACCGCUCAUGGCAGACCAUCAAGACCAUCAUCUCCAUGUCCAAGGACCUCGAACUCCAUCAGCAUUACCAGUACCAUGCUGAGGGGAAGCUGUGUGGCUACGAUACGGUCGAGUGUCUCAUUCGCACGCGUGUCUGGCAGACUACCAUGGUAGUGGAAAUCAUGGUCGGAGGGCCUCAGGGCCGCUCGGAAUUCGGAGUGGAAACGGAUACGGUAGAGGUUCGUCCGUCGUGGGACAUCCCUAACCUCGACGCCUACGAGGUCGAACGAUCGAGACAGUUCAGCUACUUUGUUCACAACGCUCUCAACAUCCGGCGCAUAGUCGACGUCUUCCAUCGGCUAAAGAAGACAAAGGACUGGGGCGCCAACCCACAAUUCGUGCGGAACAACCCCCUCUUCGAAGCAUGGUAUAACAGCCUCCCGCCGGAUCUCAUGGUCACUUACCCACCGGACGGCUCGCCGCCGUGGAUCCCCUCGCAUUUCGUCGCCAACAUGCACUCGCACUUUGAGCUGGCCAAGAUCAUGCUCCAUCGUCCUCAGUUCGUUGCCGCCAGCUCGUUCUCCGCCGGUGGAGAAUGGAGACACCAUUUCUCCAUAUGCUACAGCUCGGCAAAGGCACUGUGCCGGCUGCAGGAGGCUCUGCUCUCCACGUUCGGGGUAUCCGGCUUCCUAUGCAUGCAGCGAGGCAUCAAUUUCUCCAUCUACUGCAUCUUAACCAGUGUCAUGCUACAUCUGGUUGCCAUCACGUCUCCCGAUCCGGAAUUCAACAAGGACUCUCGAUCAUAUUUUACCCGCCACAUGCGGGUGCUAGAGCAGUGUAGCUCAUCAUGGCCCAUGACCGAACUGCAGUCCCAGCUCGCUGCCCUCCGCCUCGCCUUCUCAGCCGAUAUCACCAAGCCGUUCGAGCUCAAACCAACUUUCCCGUACGGUAGCCCGGCUGGGCAGUCUGUUCAUCCAUCGCCCGUCAGCGAACCGAUAUAUCAUUCUCCAUCCUACAGCGAGCCCCACGAAGCCGGUGCCCCGAGCCUCUCCUUUUCCGACUCAUAUCCCAUCAGUCCCCCGGUAUCCACGCAAACAAGCGUCAAGCUCGAGUCGCCUGCCACAAGCACAUACAGCAUGCUACAGCCAUACGACACCACCCGUCCACCACCAACCAUGACUGUUCCCCUCGUAGACGAAAACAGCUGGAACCCUUCUAGAAUUAUAACACAAUGGGACCUCGCUUUCUCAGGAAACAUCAACUCCAACUCUCCGCCAUCCGCCACAUCCAGUUCCACAAACAGCACCGCAGUUCCUGAUCCGCACUCGUUAUACCCUCCUUCAUCCCUCCCCAACACCAGCCCUGCGUCCGCGGCACAGUACUCCGACUACUCACAGCCUCUCAUACCGUUGGCUGAUCCAAACCAGCCUACGCAGGUCUCCAUGCCGACUCAGCAGUAUAACAUGCUCCCCGUCGUCAUGGGGGCGCGCGACUGGCAACGAAGCGUCGCCAGCGUCAUUGAUCCCGAAGGCGCAAAGAGGCGAUGGGACGAUACGGACGGUUACGGCGACGAACAAUCUAAGCGAAGAAGAUGA